CCUGCUGAUAGCUCCGGCAGAUAGGUGCAUGCUGACUACGGGCGAAGCUAGGAGAAGUUUAACUUGGUGCUGACGUUCGGCACUUCGUGGCAAACUGUUUCAGAUGGCUCUCGUCAGGAGCUGCGCUUGCUUGAAGCGUCCACCGCUCACGUUCUGGACGCAACGCCGCAAGUUCUCUCGAGAACUGGUCGUGCUGUCGGAUGAGGUGUCGACUGCCCUUCGCCAGGGGGAACCCGUGGUUGCCUUGGAAAGCACCAUCAUCACACAUGGCAUGCCUUAUCCAAAGAACUUGAGCACAGCGACGGAUGUCGAAGCCACUGUGAGGAGCAGGGGAGCCAUUCCAGCCACGGUUGGCGUCUACCAGGGUCGUCUACACGUUGGGAUGGGAAGUCAACUUCUAGAAGAACUUGCCAAAUUAGGGGACAAGGCUGCCAAGAUAUCCCGUCGUGACCUACCUGCGGCCCUUUCAAAGGGCCUUUCAGGGGGAACAACAGUCUCGUCGACCAUGGUUGCUUGCAACAGGGCUGGAAUCCAAGUUUUUGUCACCGGUGGCAUUGGGGGAGUCCACAGGGGUGGGGAGUCAACUCUGGACAUCAGCGCUGAUCUAUCGGAACUUGGUCGCACUCCCGUGGCCGUUAUCUCGGCUGGUGUAAAGUCCAUUCUCGACAUUGGACGGACCCUUGAAUUCUUGGAAACGGAAGGCGUGUGCGUGGCGGCCUUUGGAGACUCUCAGGACUUCCCGUCUUUCUUCACGUCUCGGAGCGGACACCACGCGCCCUGGAGAGUGGCCAACGCCUCCGACGCUGCCGCUAUGAUUGCCAGCCGCAAUGCUCUGCACUUGGACUCUGGCAUCCUGAUUGCUGUGCCCAUUCCCAAGGAAUUUGAGGCGGACGGCGAGUCUGUCGAACGGGCCAUUGAGCUCGCCGCUCAGGAGGCGAAGGACGCAGGGAUUACCGGAAAUGCAGUGACCCCAUACAUUCUUAACAGGGUGAAUGAGGUCACGGGUGGCGCCUCACUUCGAUCCAAUGUGGCUCUGAUAAAGAACAACGCAGUCGUCGGGUCGGACAUUGCAGUGGCUCUUGCCGAACUGGAGAGGAAAUCGAAGCGUGCCAAUUUCUUCAAGGUUGCGUCGUCCCCAGCAGCUACAGGACAACCGGUGGUCGUCGGUGGAUCCGUCGUCGAUCUUGUUGUCGGCGUCAACGAAAGGAUUCAGAUGAACGGCCAGACGCACGGCGGUCGCAUCCGGACCAGCUUCGGCGGCGUGGCUCGCAACGUGGCCGACUGCAUGACGCGGCUGAGCGGCGACGCCAGCGUGCGCCUCGUGUCCGCCGUCGGCUGGGACCGCCACGGAGACGCCCUGCUCGCCCACAACCCCGCAAUGGAUAUGAGCGGCGUCGAACGAACUCGGCACGCUGCCACGGCUACUUACUGUACGGUGCUGGACCAAAAUGGCGACUGCGUAUUUGGGGUCGGCGACAUGGCGAUCCAUGAAGAAAUUGACGUAAAGCAGAUCCAGAGAAAUGAGCGCCACAUCCUGAGUGCCCCAAUGGUCAUCUUGGACGGAAACCUCUCCGUCGACACAAUCAGCUACACCCUGGGAAUGUGCCACGACGGGAAGAUCCCCGUCUGGUACGAGACCACAGACAUCCGGAAGGCAGUGAAACCGUUUCUUUCGGACAGUUGGCAAGGCCUCGCAGGGAUCUCGCCCAACCUUGCUGAACUCAGAGCUAUCUGCCAGGUGGUUGCACCGUCGCCAGAUGCAGAGUCGUUCCUGACGUCAAGAGCAAAGGAAGACCCGAUCCAAGAGAGCAUCCGGUUGGCUAUGGCACUCGUCCCACACAUUCGGGUCAUUCUAGUUACCCUGGGACCCCUGGGAGCUCUGCUCAUGGAGCAUUCCCCGUCGCAUCAGAGCACGUCCCAAGUGAACAUUGUUCAUUACCCUGCAAGGAAAUAUGCAAGUGUUACGAGUGUAUCUGGAGCAGGAGAUUGUCUAACCGGUGCCAUGUUGUGUGGGAUGCUGCGAGGACUCUCUUGGGACCACUGCCUGGCUGCUGGGCUUGAGGCCGCUCAGCUGUCCCUGGCUUCAUCCGACACUGUGCCAGCAACACUGGGACCCGACUGCUUCUCUGCACGGAUCCCAAUGAGACCACGAAGAGUGUCCCUUCCCUAAGGUUACCUGGACAUUCAACAUCUUUGCCUGCGCCGUCUCGGUGUGCAGGCUCCUGAGACAAGCCAUGGCUCCGUGUGACAUUGGACAUAGAACUUGGAUCAGCUACAAGAAUCAGAAAAACAGUGCAGUCGGGUUCAUGAUGUAUAUUAUUGUUCAAAAAAACAUUCAAAUUACGUGAUAAAUAUUUUUUUUCAAAUUCGUAUCCUGUUUGUUGUUGAGUAUGCUUGAUAGGGGGAUUCGCGUAAUCCUGUUCCAAGAAAGCUCGCUUUGAGUGACAUUAAAAUACCAGCUCCUCG